CCUCAGACUAUCAUUUCUUUUCCAGUUUCCUUUCUGAAUUGUCUCUGUCAUGCCUGAGCCAGCGAAGUCGGCGCCUGCCCCGAAGAAGGGUUCAAAGAAGGCCGUGACCAAGGCCCAGAAGAAGGACGGAAAGAAGCGCAAGCGCAGCCGCAAGGAGAGCUACUCGGUCUACGUGUACAAGGUGCUCAAGCAGGUGCACCCCGACACGGGCAUCUCGUCCAAGGCCAUGGGCAUCAUGAACUCCUUCGUCAACGACAUCUUCGAGCGUAUUGCCGGCGAGGCGUCGCGCCUGGCGCACUACAACAAGCGCUCCACCAUCACGUCGCGGGAGAUCCAGACGGCCGUGCGGCUGCUGCUGCCCGGGGAGCUGGCCAAGCACGCCGUGUCGGAGGGCACCAAGGCUGUCACCAAAUACACCAGCUCCAAGUGAGCGCGCCUGCCUGCUGCCCACAACCCAAAGGCUCUUUUCAGAGCCACCCAC